UUUUCUUUUCAUUUCGAUCUCUUUCUUCUCUUUUCUAUCGCCUUGAAAAGACCUUCAGGAUGGCUUAUACGAAAGAAUUUAAAGAAGUCAUUAGUUUCAGUUAUCCUUGUUACAUUUGCGGUCAAGUGCUGAGUAAAGCUAAAGUUUGCAUCGACCAUAUCAAGCGUUUGCACGGGUAUGAACUUCCUGUCCGUGCAGUUGGCCACAAACGUCCUAUUGAGCCCGACUACGACUUUCAAAAUGAUCCCACUGGCCCGUAUGAUAGCCAACAUUAUGCUUGCUCAUCUUGCUGGUUCCAUUGCGAACAAGGUGAGUUUGGUCGUGAAGGUGGUCUACGCGAUAUAGCUCGUCAUGUUGAGGAAAGUCAUCAACCUACGAAUAUUGAUGAGUCCAAGAACGACCAAGGACAAGUAGUGGGUCUUUCUCUUGUCCCCGUACAAGCUCCUCAACAUCAUCCUUCUCAGCAACGAGGAAGAAGAAGAAGUAGCGCCAGCAGUACUGGUGGCAGUGCUCGUCGCGGCGGUGGCCGUCGCGAUAGCGGUGGACGUAAUGGAAAGAUGGUACAGUAUGAUGAUGAAGAAGAUAGCGAUUUGGAAGAAAGUUAUGGAACUGAAAGUCCUGCUACUGCUACGGUCACGCGUCAUGAUAUGAGAAUUGUUUUGGACAAGUUGAAUGAAAUCACAGGCCUUUUUAAGGAUCUUCUCAAGUGAGGAUCAAAAGGUGACUACAUAACAACUCCCCGAUUGCAUUUGUACUAUUACAUAUAAUUUCAAAAAAAUGAUAGCUUAUAAAGUAUUUCUUGGCAUUAGGAAUGUUUUAACAGACAAGGAUUGAUAGUUUACACUUGUCUGUUAAACGUUUCUUUUUUUUUUUCCUGCCCAAAAAUAAAU